AUGGACAACAGCCAACCUCAAGUCCAGGCCGUGCGCCCUGUAAGUAAGGACAACCUCGACUCCCCAACAAUAACGCCUGCGCCAACACUCUACUUUGACUGUCAUUCGAACCCCGCGACCGGGAAGAGCUUUGUAUUAUGGGACGAUAUCCGCCUCGUCUUUGCCGAUGCGCUCUAUGUCCGUCAUGAAGCCAAAGUGGUCCCCUUCAUGAAAGACGCUGAGUGGAUGCCCUUGAAGCCAUUGCGCAUUGCAGCGAUCCCAGAUGUGGUUCUGGAUAUUGUUGUCGAUAACUCGUUAGUGCGCCUGGAGGCGGCUGUACAACAGACGACACUGACAGAUACUCCCGAGGAAGCGACAGCUCAGAACACCCCUCAAGAGGAUACAACUUUGGAACUCACCACUUCUCCUGUCUCUCAUGCCCCCAGACGCGGCUUGGUGGGAAAAGCUAUGGAGAACUACUCGUUUUUCGACCAUCCUGAUUUCCGACCUAAACCCAGGGUAUCUCAGCCAGAGCCGACUGCCGAUCAAGAGGAGGACGUCAACGAGUUAGCAGACAAUGCAUCAGAUACCGACAGCGAGUCGACAAUUACCAGCGCACAAGCAAACAACAAGCAAGCAUUCACCUCCAAGAUUCACCAGUCACCCCAAGACCAUACCGCUGUUGCCGCCGUUAGGGACAUCUCGCCCAUUGUCGUCGAGGCCGCCCUCGGUGACCCUAAAUCACAGGUCGAGCUAGGAGAUAUGUACAGGGUUGGAGACGGCGUUGAGCAGGACUUUGAGGAGGCACGCCACUGGUACCUCAAGGCGGCUAAGCAAGGAGACCCGGCAGGACAGUGCAACCUCGGACACCUCUAUCGGCUGGAACUUGGGGUCGAUCGGAACCAUUCGACAGCAUUGAGUUGGUACAAGAAGGCAGCGGACCAGGGAGAUGCGGGAGGGCAGUGCUAUGUAGGGCUUGUGUGUGAGUACGGUCUUGUUGGCGCAAUAGACCAGUCGGCGGCAAUGGAGUGGUACUUGAUGGCCGCCAAGCAAGGAUAUGCCUUCGCUCAGUUCUGUAUCGGAGACCUAUAUACCUUGGACCAAGGUGUCCAGCAGGAUCACGACAAGGCGAUGGAGUGGUAUCUCCGAGCAGCCGACCAUAACCUCACAGCCGCCCAAGUCAAUAUAGGCUACAUGUACCUGGAAGGCAUCGGAGUUUCACAUGACGAAACCAUUGCACUCGACUGGCUCUCCAAGGCCGUCAACCGCAAGGAUACCGACGUUUGGUCCCAAAUGGCUAUGGGACUGAUGUACAGCCGUGGUCUCGGUGUACCCAAAAGCGAUAGCACAGCCCUUGCUUGGUUCCUCAAGGCCGCUCGUCAGGGGCUACCGCUCGCUCAGGGUAUAGUAGGCGAAAUGUACCGCGACGGCGAAGGUGCUCCACAAGACUAUUCGGAGGCUCUGGUCUGGUUCAUCAAAUCGACGAACCAUAAUCAUUUAGCUUCCCAGCACGAUAUCGGGUCAAUGUAUCUUCAAGGUCAAGGCGUCCCAAAGGACUACUCAAAAGCCAAGGAGUGGUACGCCAAGGCUGCCAAUUUCGGUGGUGAAUAUGCUAGGAUCAAACUUUCCGAGGUCCAGCAACUCAUCGACGAAGACAAGGAGGCGGCCGCAGUUACUGAAAAGAAGAAGAAGAAGAGGUCGUCAUCUUCCAGACUGAAGUUUUGGUAG